AUGUCACCGCCCGGAAAUGGAAUAUUUGUCGUCCGGGGUGAAAUGUCCACCCUGACGACGGCGAUGCGCCGCGGGUCAAGGUGGAGCUUCAACUCAUAUCAGGAUGACGAUAAGGAUGUUUUGCUGAAGAGUUUUCAGGAGCUCAAGGAGCUCUUGCUGCAGGUGGAAGACCUACGGCUGGUUGAACCGAGCGUAUUCCUCACACCGUUUCUCGAUGUAAUCCGAUCGGAGGAAACGACCGGACCGGUAACCAGCCUGGCACUGUCCGCCGUUAACAAGUUUCUUUCGUACGGGCUGAUCGAUCCAACACACUCGACACUCGCCGCCACGGUGGAAAAUAUAGCUGAUGCCGUAACCCACGCACGAUUCGUCGGUACGGACCAGACGUCGGACGGGGUUGUACUGAUGAAGAUCAUACAGGUGCUGCGUACACUCGUACUGAGCCCGGAAGGAAGUGCUCUGUCGGACGAAAGCAUGUGUGACAUCAUACUGAGCUGCUUUCGGUUGUGCUUCGAACCGCGACUGAACGAGCUCGUACGUCGCACAGCCGAAAACGCGCUGAAGGACGUUGUGCUGCUGUUGUUCAUGCGAUUGCCACAGUUUGUCGAGGGUGGCACGUACAACACAUUGAAGACGCUGAAGAUGCGCUCCAGCUCCAUGGAUCAGUCCGGCAAGCGGCGAAAAUAUAGCAAAUCAAAUAUGAAAGAAGAAUCUAAACCAGGAAACAUUCCGGGAAAUACGACGACCAUGCCAAAGAUAGUCACAGACGAUAUAACAAAUCAGAGUGGUUCCGGAGAAGACCCCGUCACGCCGGUAAUGCUUACAGCUCCGAACCGUGGACUGAAGGCACACCCACUAUCUACAACACCGGCCACGCCGGCAGGUGUGAUCGUCGAUUUGCAGGGUACGAUUUCACAAACGCCCACAGGACCCACGCGGGAAUCACAUCCCACUGUGCUUCAGGAGAAGCAAGCAUCUGCUGGGGUCGAAGACGGGCCAGCGGCCGAAACGGAACAAGAACAAGUCGUAUCACAGACUCCUCAAACCAACGAAGAGGCAGUUGCCAAUGAUCCAUCGUUUGUCAAUUCCGUUGGCGUUCGCUUUACCCAGCAGCAACCCGACGAAGAGAUUACAUCCGGAGCAGCCGGGGCGAUGGUUUCACAUAUUCCCUACGGACUACCCUGUAUUAGGGAACUGUUUCGUUUCUUGAUUUCUCUCUGCAACCCGCUGGACAAGCAGAACACCGACGUCAUGAUCCACAUGGGGCUGACGUUGCUCACGGUGACGUUCGAAGUGGGUGCCGAUAGCAUCGGGCGGUAUGACUCACUGUUGGCGAUCGUAAAGGACGACCUGUGUAAGAAUCUGUUCGGCCUACUCGCCACCGAACGGAUAUCGAUCUUUGCCGCCGAUUUGCAAUUGUGCUUUCUGAUGUUCGAGUCGCUGCGUUCUCAGCUCAAGUUCCAGCUCGAGCACUAUCUCACCCGGGUGGCGGAUAUGAUCAUGAACGAUAGCCCGCGCAUAUUGUACGAGGCGCGCGAGCUGGCGAUGGACAACCUGCUGCAACUGUGGCGCAUCCCCGGGUUCGCCGCCGAGCUGUACAUCAACUACGAUUGCGAUCUGUACUGCACGAAUCUGUUCGAGGACCUGACGAAACUGCUGUCGAAGAACACGCUCUCGGCGACGCAAGCGGUCUACAGUAUUCACACGCUCUCGAUGGACGCGCUGCUCACGAUCGUCGAGUCGAUCGAGCGAAACUGCGCCCAGGCAAAGAACGGCCAAAAGCCCGCUUACAUGCGCCAUUCGCGAAAUAAUUCAUAUGCCACGGAGCGUAUCGUGCUGGACGAGUCGGCGACGCUUUCCGGUCCCGCUGUGCAGGCUACCGGAGAGACAAACGAUACCAUCGGUUCAGUUGGUGGUGGGAGUACUACUACCGAAGUGACGGAGGUGGUCGAAAAUAUAAGCAAAUUUCUGCACUCUAGUCAAAGCGAUCGAGCCGGUGCCUUGAUAUUUGCCGGAUCAGAUGUUUCCGCCGGAAUGGUACCGCCUGCUUCUCAGCUCGGUCAAGCCCUCACGCAUGAGGAGCUGGCAGCAAUCAAGCGCAAAAAACGAUUGCUCACGCAGGGCACGGACUUGUUCAACCAGCGGCCGGAGAAGGGCAUACAGUUCCUGCAGGAGAACGGGCUGCUGAAUGCGGUGCUCGAUCCACAAGAGGUGGCCCAGUUUCUGCGCGAAAACUCUGGCCUCGACAAGAAGAUGAUCGGCGAGUAUGUCAGCAAGAAAAAGAACGUCGAAAGCCGUAUCCUGGAGGUGUUCGUGAAGUCGUUCGACUUUGCCGGUCUUACCAUCGAUCAGGCGCUCCGGUUGUACCUGGAAUCGUUUCGCCUGCCCGGCGAGGCGCCGUUAAUUUCACUUGUAAUGGAACACUUUGCGGAUCACUGGCAUGAAUGCAAUAACGAACCAUUUGCCAACACUGACGCCGCGUUUCGAUUGGCGUACGCUGUCAUAAUGCUUAACAUGGAUCAACACAACCACAAUGCGAAGCGACUGAACGUACCGAUGACGGUGGAGGAUUUCCUCCGCAAUCUGCGCGGAUUGAAUGGAAACUGCGACUUUGACCAGGAAAUGUUAACAAAAAUUUACCACUCAAUACGAAACGAAGAAAUAGUUAUGCCUGCAGAACAAACCGGGCUGGUGAGGGAGAACUAUCUGUGGAAGGUUCUGCUGCGUCGUGGCGCAACAAAGGACGGUCUUUUCCACCACGUGUUCGGUGCGCAGCAUGAUCGUGAGCUGUACCGCGUCAUCCAGGGAUCAACACUGGCCGCCCUCAGUUUCGUGUUCGACAAAUCGCUCGACAAUGCACCACUCUACCAGAAGGCCAUCGGAGGGUUCAUCAAGUCGGCCGCAAUCGCCGCACACUUCCAGCUACACGGCGAUUUCGAUGCGCUCGUGCUGACGUUGUGCAAGUUCACCACCCUGCUGACUGCGCCGCCGCCGAACGACGCGAACGAAAUCACGGCCUGCGUGCUCUUUGGGCAGAACGUGAAGGCCCAGCUGGCAAUGCGUACCGUGUUCGGGCUGAUUCACGAGCACGGUGACUGUAUGCGCGAGGGCUGGCGGCACACGACGGAUGUGCUGCUGCAGCUGUUCAAGCUGAAGCUGCUCCCGAAGGCGUUGAUGGAGGCGGAAGACUUCUGCGAGCCGAGCGGCAAGGUAACGUUGCUGCGCGAACAAACGCCCCUGCCGAAAACGGAAGGUGCCGGGCUGUUUAGCUCGCUCUACUCGUACCUGGCGAACGAUGGCCAAAGGCAGCCGACCUACGAGGAGCAGGAGAUUAUCAAACUUUCGCGCAAGUGCACCCGCGACUGCCAGAUCGAACAGAUCGUGAACGAGUCAAAGUUUCUGCAGCAAGAAUCGCUGGAUGAGCUGAUUGGGUGUCUGCUAGCAAUGAUCGUGCCACCGGAGGCUCACAAGAUGGCAACCGCAUCGCAGUCAACGUCACCGUACGGUGAGUGUACGGUUGUGUUUCUACUGGAGCUGCUCGUGAAGAUACUGAUCCAGAAUCGUGAUCGCUUGCUUCCGGUGUGGUCACGCGUCCAGGAGAAACUGUACGCCCUGCUAGUGGGCGCCUCCAUGUACGAGUACACCUAUCUGUUGCAGCGCACCACGGUUGCGCUGCUGAAGCUGGCCAUCUACCUGAUGCGCAACGAGGAGAUCUGCUCGACCAUUCUGCAAAGCUUGAGAAUGCUACUAGCGCUCCGGCCGGCCGUCAUCCUGGCCAUCUCGAAGCCGAUCUCGAUCGGUAUGUAUGAGUUGUUGAAAACGAGCGCGCAGAACAUCCAUACCGAAGCCGACUGGGUCAUCGUGUUCACCGUGCUGGAGUGCGUAGGAGCCGGCGCAAUGCCACCGGAGUACGUGGAGUCGUCGUCCGCUGGUAUACCUGGCUCCUCGGCCAAGUCAGAGGGCACGCUGAGCAGUGAGGAAGAUUCAGGCCUGCCCGCCGAUCGGGGUUACAUCUCCGAUGCGGAAGUCAGCUCAUCGGCCACGUCUCUACCACUUCUGGCCACAACGCCCCCACCACCACCGGCACCAGCCGUACCCAGUAGCCCUACGGCGACACCAGGUGACGCGUGGAUUCUGGUGAACAAAGAUGCAAUCGAUAUGGGCACGGGAGGUGUGACGAGUGGUCCUCUACCCGGCUCACCCGCCCAACACUCCAUCCAGUAUCAGUGUAAGCUGCUGGACCAUUCACCGUUCGCGCUUGUCAAAUGCUGGGAGAGCUUGGCGUUUAUCGUUCGGAAUGUGGCGCACAUUACGCCGUACAACUUCGAGAGUUGUGUCCGAUGCAUUCGCACCUUUGUCGAGGCUUCGAUGAGUCAGCAGCAGCAGUUCCGCGACCCACAUCAGUCUCACGGUCCCAAAGGCCAGGCGCGAAAAGCGGCCAGUGCGGGGACAAAAGAGCGACAACGAUCGCUAGCAGGCCAGAGUGGAAUGUCCUCAUCAUCGUCAUCGUCGGUUGCGCUGGAUAGUAGCGAUAGCGAUACGGAAGAAUUGCCCGAGCGCUAUCAAUCCAUCUCGAUCCAGCUACUUGACCUGAUGCACACGUUGCAUACGCGCACGGCACAAAUAUUCCGAUGGUGGGCAGAGGAAGGCGGUGCGGUACCGCAGUGCUCGUCGCUCUGGUCCCAGGGCUGGUGCCCUCUGUUGCAGGGUAUUGCACGCCUUGCGACCGAUCAGCGGCGGCAGGUGCGCACCAGCGCCAUCACCUGUCUCCAGCGCGCACUGCUCGUGCAGGACUUGCAAACACUGACCGGGCUCGAGUGGGCCGGAUGUUUCAAACAGGUAUUAUUCCCUCUGCUCCAGGAGUUACUGCAGGAGAAAGCAACCAGCCCGGUGGAGGUUUCACUGCUCGAGGAGUCCCGCAUCCGCACGGCCACAAUCAUGUCAAAGGUCUUUCUUCAUCACUUGACACCGCUGAUUGCGCUACCGAACUUCCAAGAGCUGUGGCUCGAGAUACUGGAGUACUUCGAGCGGUUUAUGACGGCCGGCUCGGACAUGCUGUACGAGGCUGUACUGGAAAGCCUGAAGAAUAUGCUGCUCGUUAUGCACUCGGUGUGUGUAUUUCAUAACACCGAUGGCGUUACACAUUCGAUGCUGUGGGACGUCACCUGGCAACGGAUAUCUGGUUUUCUGCCCAACCUCAAAGAUGAACUUUUCAAACAGGAAGCCGUCCGUGCAUCCGUUAGUAUUAAUGGAGGUAAAGCUGGAACUGGUGCAAAUGGUACUAGCGGUUCAACGGUCGGUGGUCCAUCGCAACCGACAACCACACCAUCGUUGGCAGGAGAACAGCAGCACGUUCUGGAAGGAGGCCAAAUAAACAACAGCAGCUCACCGAACGUUGAUCCAACGUCGUAUCCUCGUGUAAUGCUUCAUCCGGUACCAAACAACGUACCAUCUCCGACAACGGAAACAAUUGCCCCCAAGUACCUUGUGCCAACCGGCAAUACUCCUCCUGUAACAAUGUCUCCUGAAGUGCAUCGCACACCGGUACAUCGUACAGCACCAAACAAUCUUCUAAUGAGCAGUACGACCACAGCCGAUUUUAGUGCCCUUCCACUAGUUUUACCACAGAUGGUCACCUUACCACCGCCAUCAUCGCUGGAAUCAUCGUCGGUAGACGUGAUGACACACGAUUCUGCGGUUGAAAUCAGUAAACCCUUAUCAGAACAGUCGCUCACUUCACCGAUGCCAUGGGAAGCUGCUUUGCAGCGUCCAGGCACGGGUUCAGUGGUUAUGCCGCAAUCUCCACACGUUGGAACGAAGGGUUCGGCCUUUGCCGAAUUGACCACGGGGUCACCGCCAGCCACAUCCGCAUUGCCUUCGCCCCAUCCGGAUGAAGGAUUAUCGAAGGUGGGAGUCGAGGCAAAUAGAAGCUCCGCUGCACCAAAGCAUGCCCCGGAACCACCGAUUCCCAUAAGCCAUCGUCUUGCUGGUUCGCAGUACCCCUCUUUGCAACACGUGCCGAUCGGUAUCGCGCAGAGCUUUGCCCCGAUGUUUGUUCAACAGCACCAUCCAGCACCAGAGGAAGCACGCGAUAUCUACACGGACUACACCAACGAUCCGUACAAUCUGACCCUGCACAUCGAGUCGGGCGGCACUAUUUCACAAACCACCAAAACCACUGGUAGCGGGGCGACGACCGAAGCAGCAGCCAUAGCGUUAGAGGAGGGUAAUCGUCCCUCGCUGAUCGACUUUGGCUCGAUGACGCUAGAAUCGGCAUCUAUGACGACGGUUGCUACAACGACCGAGGGUGGAACCGGGGGCACGUCUGCCCAGCUGCAAAAUGUUUUCCAAUCGGCGCAGUAUUUUAGCUUCCCCACCAGUGGCCGCAUACCGCCCGGUUCGGAGAUGCUGUUCGGUGAACCAUAAAAUGGUGUGUGACCGAUUGGUCAUUUUAUAUCCACAUAACAGACACAGACAUUCCGAACAAACGGUUUUAGGGCGUUGUUGUUACGAGCGAGGGAGAUUUUAGUUACUUUUUUACAAGGUAUCAACGCAGAAAUGGUUGGACAUAGUAGAAUUUAGAAAAAAAAACCGAGUGAGAGACAAAAGUUACUGUCCCCCCCGGUUAUCGAAGGAAGUGUGGUAAGGGAUACCUUACCUUACGGUUAAUUUGAUUCAGUGAUCUUACCUAUGUACCAUUCUGUAACCAAACGCAAACCGGCAGUGGUAUUUAUUGUUAACAAAUCCGUAUCGUUCCCUGUUUCGUCUAGUAUUCGGUUUAUUGUCGGUGUAUCAUACUAAUUGUCGUGGGCCCUCGUUUUUUUCUUUGUUGAGGUAGCUUCAUUCGUUGAGGAAAAGAUUAGUGAACAAUUGUUAAUCGAUUUUAAUUCCACUGUUCGUAUUUUAUGUUAUCCUUUAAUCAGACCAGCGAUGUUUGAAAAUGAUAAGAGAUGCACUCAGUACGACACAGGGUGUUGCAUGUGAA